CUUCAGUCUUGCACAGGUGUACCAGCUCCUCCCCUUCAGUCUUGCACAGGUGUAUCGGCUCCUCCCCUUCAGUCUUGCACAGGUGUACCGGCUCCUCCCCUUCACUCUUGCACAGGUGUACCGGCUCCUCCCCUUCAGUCUUGCACAGGUGUACCGGCUCCUCCCCUUCAAUCUUGCACAGGUGUACCGGCCCCUCCCCUUCAGUCUUGCACAGGUGUACCGGCUCCUCCCCUUAAGUCUUGCACAGGUGUACCGGCCCCUCCCCUUCAGUCUUGUACAGGUGUACCGGCCCCUCCCCUUCAGUCUUGCACAGGUGUACCGGCUCCUCCCCUUCAGUCUUGCACAGGUGUAUCGGCUCCUCCCCUUCAGUCUUGCACAGGUGUAUCGGCUCCUCCCCUUCAGUCUUACACAGGUGUACCAGCUCCUCCCCUUCAGUCUUGCACAGGUGUACCGGCUCCUCCCCUUCAGUCUUGCACAGGUGUAACAGCUCCUCCCCUUCAGUCUUGCACAGGAGUACCGGCUCCUCCCCUUCAGUCUUGCACAGGCGUACCGGCUCCUCCCCUCCAGUCU